GAGUUGUUAGAGGAGACAAGUCGUAAGCAUGUCCAGAAGACUGCGUGUCAGAGAAUAGGCCGUGUGCUGGUACAUGUUCUGGCCUGGUUCAUCUGUAUCGGCAGUACAGUGGCCUGUGUUCUAGCUCUCUACUACUUCUCUGAGUACAUGCACAAGGAUAGUAGAUCUCGUAUUCCCACUAAGGACCCUCUCCUGAAGGAAGCCAGUCUGUUGGCCCUGCCAGUCGUAGUGUCUCUCAUCAACCUCCUGCUCCCUGGCAUCUUCAACGCUACUGCCUGGAUGGAGAACUAUGACUCCCCCAGCGUAAACACAUACAUCGCCAUCAGCAGGAACCUGAUGUUGAAAGUGAGCGUGCUGGUAGUGCUGUGCUUCCAUUGGCUGGGCCGGAUCGCUUCUGACCCCCACAGCAUCGGCCUGCAGUGCUGGGAGAGUUUUGUAGGACAAGAGCUGUACCGCUUCCUCCUCAUGGACUUCAUCUUUACCAUACUGGACACCUUCUUUGGAGAGUUCCUCUGGAGGUUGUUUUCUCAGAGGGUGUUGAAGAGGAAAAGAAAGCCUGUGUUUGACAUCUCCAGGAACGUGUUGGAACUCAUCUACGGACAGACACUGGCCUGGUUGGGGGUGUUGUUCACUCCUCUGCUUCCUGCUGUACAGAUCAUCAAACUACUGCUUCUCUUCUACAUGAAGCAGACUAGUGUGAUGAUGAACUGCCAGUCCCCUAGGAAGCCCUAUAGGGCCAGUCAGAUGAGCACCAUCUUCAUCACCCUCCUCUGCUGCCCUUCCUUCCUGGGGGCUGCUGUUUGUGUCAGCUACACCAUGUGGAGCAUCCGUCCGUCUGAGUCAUGUGGUCCGUUCCGCAGCCUGUCCACUAUGUUCCAGUCAGGGAAGCUGUGGGUGAAGGAGUUGGAGACACACAACCCUAACCUGGCCUGGUUAGCCUGGGCUCACAGCUACAUAGUGGAGAACCCUCUGUUUCUGUUCCUCGCUGCUGGGAUCUUCCUGAUAGUGAUUUACUUCAACACCCAGGUGGUGGAUGGACAGAGGAAGAUUAUCAGUCUGCUGCAGGAGCAAAUAGAAAACGAGGGGGAUGAUAAGAAGUUCCUGAUCACUCGUCUCCAGGCCAUCCACCAGCAGAAACGACCCCUCUCCCCUCGCAGACUCACCAGUCAGGCCAGUCAGGAUUCCAACUGUUAGCAUUCCAACUACUGAAAGGGCAUUCUCUCCCUUCUCAUUAGAGGGAAUAUCUCAGAAAAUGUCCUGAAUGGACCAACCUGGAUGUAGCUCUCCUCUCCUGCCUCUGGGAAGAGUUGUUAAGGGAUUCUUCAACUGGAAAACUAUUCUCAUAGGAUGUCCUCUUUCCCAGGAAGCUGAGUUGGGACUAUAAAGGAAUUUACUUCUUUACAAUAACAAAUCCCACAGACGCCAAAACGUGAAUCUGAUAGGAUCCACACUCUUUCCCAGGAAGCUGGUCCUUAUAAGGAUUGGGAAUAGGAUUGGGACAAAGCAGGCUUUCCCUCUUCCAAUAACAGACUACACCUCAUAGGGAAAGACCACUUUAUAGGAUCUUACUAUGGCCAGGCCAUAGGCUCCACCUUACUGUAACUAGGCUCCACCUUACUGUAACUAGGCUCCACCUUACUGUAACUAGGCUACAACUUACUGUAACUAGGCUACAUAGGAAAUACCACUGAGUUUUAAUGAACUUACUAUGGCCAGGCCAUAGGCUCCACCUUACUGUAACUAGGCUCCACCUUACUGUAACUAGGCUCCACCUUACUGUUUAUUCUUCAUGUAAAUGAAAGGACAUGCCACUGUCACAAAACAAUGGUUUAUCGACGCUCAAUACUUUCAGCCAAGGAUCUUUGUCCUUUUUUAAACUUGGAUUGGAAGCCCUGGUCAUGAGAGAGGAUGUAGGGGUGAAGAGGAAACGAGACUGGGAUACGGUGUGCUUGUAGGGACACAGAACGGAAUGCACUUUUUAGAAACAAUAUUUUUUUCCCUCACAACUUUGAACAGGGAACAUAUCAAAUGCCAAUAAGCUGCCAACGUUGCACCAAGGAUGAAAACAGUGGCUUUGUUAAGCAGCGUGAAUUCUGUGAAAUAUAGGAUUUGUAUUUUUUUUAAAUUGUAAAUAGUAUGAUUUUUUUUUAAAUUACUUUAGAUGUUUUGUCAACAGUCAUUUCAUACCAACUGUGAACAGGUUAUUUCUUUCCGUUUCUGAUAUAAAAUGAUUUUGAUGUUUUAUGUUAAUUGGUGGUCAACACACUGCUUCUGAAAUGGCACUCUUCCCUACAUAGUGCACAACUUUAUAGGGCGCUGGUCGUACGUAGUGCACUAUGUAGAGAAUAGGGUACCUUUUUGGACGCAUCCUCUGUUUACUGACUCUGUAGGAAGAAUCCACCUCUUAGUAUCGGGCGAUCUGAUUGGUUCGUUCAAACAGGAAAUGGUCUUAGAAGAUCAACCAUUGGAACAGCACGUUAUUUGAUUGUCUCUUUGUUUUUACAUUGUUUUGUUUGUAUACUUUAUACGAAAUUAAAUGUUUUAACAUA